UGUCUCUGGCAAACAAUCAAGGAAUAAGCAUUAUGACCAUCAACAAGCAGCAGCUCUUGCUGCAACAGCAGCAACAGCAGCAGCAACAGCAGCAACAGCAGCAGCAGCACAGCAGCAACAGCAGCAACAGCAGCAGCAGCCACCGGGCAGUGCCAUGGUGCGGCCAGACGGUACCAUGGUGCGACCAGAUGGCACGGUGGUUCGUCCUGUCACACAGAUGCAGCUCAUGCAACAGAAGCAACAGUCGCUCCAGCAGAUGCAGCAGCAAAGGCAGCAGUUCCCACCAGGCAUGCCAGUAGUGGUGUCGCAGCAAGGCGUUGUGACACAGAGGCAGCCGUGGCCUCAGCAGGGUGGACUACAGCUGACCCCGCAGCAGAUCAUGCAGAUACGCCAGCGCCAGCUGCAGAUGCGUCACCUGACACCGCAGCAGCAGCAGAUUCUGAUGCAGAACCUCCAAAGGCAGCAACAGCAGCAGCAGCGGCCUCUUACCAUGCAGCAGUUCCAGCAGGCUGUGCACGCUGGCCAGCAGCCUAUGCAAAACCUCCAGCAGGCGCAGCAGCAACAGCAGCCGCAAGCACAGCAACCUCCCGGGGGCGGCCAGCCGGGAGUUGCUCAGCUGCUGAGGCAUCCGCAGCAGCAAGUGCUCAUUCAGCAGAUGCAGCAGCGUCAGGGCAUGCCUCCCCGAAUGCCUGCUCAGCAAUUCCAGCAGGCUGUCCAGGGCCAAGUGGCUGGACAGCAACAGCCGCAGCAGCAGCAACAGACACCCCCACAGAAUUCUCCAAGUGCCGGUCAGCAGCAGCCACAGCCACAGCAGAUGCUGGCUGGUGCGCAGGGUAUGGCCCCGGGACAGCCAUCGCCACAGGCCAUCAUGAAACCACCGCCCCAGUACCCGUACGCAGCCGAGAGGCCGCUGGUCCGCCCACCGUACCCGCCACAGCAACAGCCACAACAGCAGCAGCAACAGCCCAGCUCGGUGUCUCAGCAGCAGGCCGCUGGACCACAGCAGUUGCAGUGGGCCAACUUCCAGCAGCAGCAGCAGCAGAGGAAGACUCCUGAUGGUAGUGUCCCAGCAUCCUUGCCGCAGCAAGCAGUUCAGUGGCGACCCGCUGCUGUGCCUGCAGGCGGUGACGAGCCCAAGGCCAAGUUGCCGCAGGGGCUCCCCGGGCAGCCUCCAGUGCGUCCCGAGGGUGGCCUGCAUCCUCAGCAGCAGGCAGCCCUCUGGCAACAGCAGCAGGCACAGCAGCUACAGCUCCACAAGGCACAACUUCAACAGCAGCAGCAGCAGCAGCAACAGCAGCCUGCAGCUGCAGGGGGAGUAGACCCAGCACCUUCGAGCACUGCUGGAGGCCAGAGUGUGCCCACUCCUCAGCAGUUGCAGCAGCAGCUGCAGUGGCAGCAGAUGCGUCAGGCUGAACUUCAGCGAAGGCAACAGCUCCUCCAGGAGCGACAGUUGCUUCAGCAGCAACAGCAGCAGCAGGCCCAGCAGCAAGGGCCUCAGCAACAGCAGCAACCACAACAACAGCCUUACAUGGUUCAGCGGCCACCACCACCGCAGUAUCCUGGUGUUGGCAUGCCAGGGCCUCGAGAUCAGCUUGCAGCAGUGGGCGUUGCAAGGCCACCGCAGGCUGCACCUGGAAUGUUACAGUUCCAGCAGCAGCAGCAGCAGCAGCCUUUAGUUCAGCAACAGGUGCCUUUUGUGGGUGGUCCACAGCCCCCAGUGGGGUCUGCUGCAAACACAGCAGCAGCGGCUGCAGUAGCCGCAGCCACACUACAACAGCAGCAGCAACAGCAGGCUGCUGCAGCAGCAGCGGCAGCCGCGGCAGCAGCAGCAGGUCCCAACCCAGCACAGGUCACACCCAAGACCAAGACAGCACUGGCCAACCUGCUUAACACGCGUCUCCAAGGUGUCGCCAGAGGGCCCGGAGACUUGGCUGCUGACACCCUGGGUCAUGGCGUCGUGCGGCUUCCCACCCCAGGCAGCGAGGAACAGCAACAGGCCCAGCACAUUAGGGAAGGUCCCAUGAUGAACCCAGCCUACCGGUCAGUUCGUGCACCUGUACCACCACCAACUCAGCACUUGGCCAAUGAUGCAAGAAACUUUGGCACUGAAGUUCCUGUGAAUGCCAAUGCCCCGGUUGAAAUUCACUUCUAUGGACAUGAUCCAAGAACACAAGUGCCUACGGAGAUGUGCCUAGUGGGUUGUGUAUUCUGCAUUGUGGACUACGACCGCCUCUACGAAUCUUCCGAGAUAUUGAAGUGGAAAAAGGUCAUAAUGCAGCGAGGCGGUGAAGUGGAGGAGAUGUACAGUCCCCGUUGCACUCAUGUCAUCUGCGAGACACAACGCAGCGCUGUUGUCCAGCAGGCAUUGCGUGAAAGCAAACGGUGCGUCACAGUAUUUUGGCUGAAUGACGUGCUGUUGCGGAAGAAGCUGCAAGCUCCCUGGCACGCCCUGCACUUUCCUUCGCCCUACCUGGAGAACAAGCCUUGCAAGAACCAGAUUAUCUGCACCAGUGGCUUUAACACGGAAGAACGAGAGCUGCUAAAACAGAUGGUCCUGACAACCGGUGCCAAGUAUACCACCUACCUGACGCGUCUCAACUCUCUGCUCAUCACCAAAAAGAAGGAGGGUCUGAAGUACCAGAAAGCCCAAGAAUGGGGCAUCGGCAUUGUGAACACACAGUGGCUGCAGGACGUGAUGCUGGGCCACUACGAGGCCCUGCGGCUGCCCACAGCUCCCAAGUACCAGCAGUUUGAGGACGUCCGGCUGGACUACGGGCUCGUGCCGCACCUGAUGGCGGCGUGGAGAAUACCCAUCAAGCUCACAGAAGAGGUCUGGAAGCGGUUCACAGCUUCGGAGGCCUUCAAGGAAGCCCAGAAGCGGAAGCAAGAAAACCCAGUGAAGUCUGAAGCAACGGCUCCAAAACAGCAAAGGCCAACACCUGAAGAGGAAGAGAACAUACCGGUGACAGUGACCACAACUCUUCCGGAAGACAAAGUCCCACAAGUUCUCAUCACAGGCUUGAAGGAGGUGGAAGAACUGAAAAAGGGUGUUCUUCAGCUUGGCGGUGCAUUGGCCAAGUCACCCAAGGAAUGCACACACUUGGUGACAAACAAGAUCCAGCGAACGGUGAAGUUGCUCUCAGCCUUUGGGUCAGCGAAAUUUGUUGUCACGCCACGCUGGAUCCAGGACAGCAUUGCUAACAAUGCAUUUGUUGAAGAGCGGCCAUACCAGGUUGAUGACCCAGAUGCAGAAAAGACGUUUGGUUUUAGCCUUGAUCAAGUUCUACAGAGAACAGACCGGACACCACUGUUCAAGGGCAUGAUCUUCUUCAUCACGCCUGGAGUCUACCCAUCACCCCCAAUUCUUAAGGAAGUCAUCGAGUGUUCAGGCGGAAUGGUGUACCUGAAGAAGAGGCCUUCUCUUAAGCAGGUCACAUCGGUCACACAGGGUGGAACCAAGUUCAUAGUCAUAUCCUGUGACAACGACCUGCAUCUCUGCCGGGAUUACAUGUCUAAGAACAUCAACAUCUACUCAGCCGAAUUCAUCCUCACAGGAGUGCUGCGUCAAUGCAUUGAGUCUGAUGCCUUUCUUCUUUCAUGACAGUCGGGGGACGUAUGUACGAGCAAUUUAUGCACAGAAUGCACAGAUGUGACACACAAACCAUCGACCAAACCUUUGCAAGAACUGCCCGAUUCAUGCAAUGUUCAAAUUUAAUAUGUGCAAAGAAGUAGCACUCUAUGCAAUGUUUUUAGAAUCGUACGUUUGCAGUGUUAUGUAUAUGUGGUUGUUUCCCAUAAGGUCACUUUUCAUUUGUAAAUUGUGUUCAUAGAAGCAGCAGAUGCAAAUGAUUUGUUUUUGUGCCGGUUAUAUGUCAUUUUACAAGUUAGGUGUUGUGCAGUGGUUACAUAUGCCAGCUGUCUAGUCAGUAUCAUGAUGUUAUCUCUCAUUUUGUUUUGUUUUUGUUUCUUUGUAUGUGUGUUUGUUCUGCACUUUGAGAGUGCAUUUGCCACCUGUUGUUCAGUCUGGACAUUUUGUGUAUUAAAUGCUGAUUUUGGUUUU